UAAAUUCACAAGCCCAGUCUCAAACUACCAUUGUUUAGUUUGUAGCUAACGGACAUGGAUCAACAUUUGUUUGAGAAGCCAUCCUCACCUCUAUUUCAGUCUACACCAAAAAGUAACAAUACUCGCCACCGGUCAUCAUUAAAGGCAAGUUUAAGCCUUGCAUGGUCAUCCUUUAAUAUCCCUUUUACAAAACGCUAAUGUUCUGACAUGAUAUACAGCAAAUUAACUUUGUACUGGUGAAACAUUGCAUUUGUAAGUUAUCCAACUGUUUUUGCAGUGGCCUUGUGUAAAAUUUCAGGCCAGUUCUAUAUUUAGGCUAACGUUAAUUUGUUUUGUUUUGUUAAUUGUUUAACAGGAUCUAGAUGCCAUAGUUCAAGGCUCUUCAGAGCAAACAUUGCUGUGUAUGACUUUGGAUGAUAGCCAUGAACCAGAGAUUGAAGACUCGGGCAUAGGAGCUUCCACCUUGUUGUGCAGGUCACCAACCAGUGAAGCAGAAGAUAAUAAUAUUUCCUAUUUUCCUCUGAACAAGAGGAUUGAUGUGAUUGGGAAGAAAGCUCAAGACCUUAUAGAGCGGAUCAACCACAGGCGUGCUAUGGACCAGAAAGUCAUGUCUGACUUUGAGGACACACUGAUGAAGAAGGUGGGGGAGACAUGUCAGGAACUGAAGGACCACAUGUUCAGUAAGUAUGAAGAGCAUGGAGCAUGGAGUUGUGGCAUGGAGGCCCGGCUGCAGGAGCUGUCUGAGGUGCUGGGGAGGAGCAGCCAGCUCAGUGUGGAGCUUCAGGGUGCCUGUCAAACUCUGGUCGCCAUCAACAAGGGUAUCCAGCAGACGUCUGAGCAGUAGUUACACAAUGGACAUUUCCAUGCUACAUAUAGCCACAGUUCCUGUCUUAAAAAAGAAAGGCUGUGUUUUUUGCACAAGGUCAGUACACAAGGAGCGUGUGGUGCUUUGAUCAAGUAUAUUUUAUGUUAUUUGUUCAUGUUUUGUUUAUACAUUAAGCUGGAGGUUCACUGACCGUUUUUUAAUGUAUGGAAAUUGUAUUGUAUUUGUGAAUAUAUAUAUAUAUAUCAUAGGAACUGUAUAGACACAUUAAAAAAAUAAGUUUGACAAAUUAAAGUGAAAUGAAGUCAAUUGUUUCAUUUUUAUGUGACCUACAUAGUCAAUGGGGCAGCAAUAGCAACAAGGGAGUUUGCAUUUCAAAUUAAGCAGAAUAAAAGCAAAUUGCACUCAACUGUGGUUAAGUGACAAUUGCAUUUGGCUGUUGGAUGUUAAGAGUGUGUAUUUGCUUUCUGCUGUAGCUUAUAUAGAUGGCUCAUGGAUGGACAAACACCUUCACAAACUAGCAGAAUGAAGCAUCAUUUCAAAAGAAAAAAUUUCUAUUUAUUAAAUUUUGCCCCAUGGCAUUACUAAUCUUCAGGAUAAUGCUCAGUAACUUUUUUGAAUAGCAGUACCACUCUUGUUACUCCAGGACUGACCUGACAUGGCC